GGCCGCACGUCCAGUCCACGAUUGUCUCUCACCCCGAGCAGACGAUAGGACGGCCAUGUCUAAUCUCGAAUUAUAAAUUAUCGAAUCGAAAAUAGUUUAUAUUUAUGCUGUGAACUUCUUUUGGUGAAAUUUCUCGUGCUUUCUCUGUGGACUUUCUUCAAGUGCUGACUGUGUUGUGUGCGGAUUUGUUUUUUUUUGGUGUGAACUUUUCGGGAAAGCUCACAAAAUGUGGCCGCCGCGGUUGCUGAGUUGUAUAUUCACCAUUAUUCUUAUAGUCGCCGUCAUCGCACCCACCUCAGAUUCGACCACCGUUCGAAGAAGACUCCGCAAGCCGUCCAAGUCCGUCUCCGUCACAUCCUCAGUGUCCAGGUCGACCGACCAGGUCAUAUCGGCCAGCGUGAACCGACCCAAGAUCAGGGGCCGACCGAGCGUGGCCAGCAGGAAGUCUUCCGCUGCGUUAGACAACUCAGUCGGCACUGACGACCACAAGGACAAAGAUGGGUACAAGAUCGUCUGCUACUACACCAACUGGUCGCAAUACCGGACCAAGAUCGGCAAGUUCAUGCCCGAGGACAUCCAGCCCGAACUCUGCACCCACAUCAUCUUCGCCUUCGGCUGGCUGAAGAAGGGCAAGCUCAGCUCCUUCGAGUCCAACGAUGAGACCAAGGAUGGCAAGACCGGGUUGUACGACAGAAUCAACGCGUUGAAGAAGGCUAACCCUAAACUGAAAACUUUGUUGGCUAUUGGUGGCUGGUCUUUCGGCACCCAGAAGUUCAAGGAGAUGUCAGCGACCCGCUACGCGCGCCAGACCUUCAUCUACUCAGCCAUCCCCUACCUGAGGGAUAGGAACUUUGACGGUCUGGACAUCGAUUGGGAGUACCCUAAGGGCGGAGACGAUAAGAAGAACUACGUGCUGCUGUUGAAAGAACUGAGAGAAGCAUUCGAAGCAGAAGCCCAAGAAGUGAAGAAACCCCGUUUACUGCUCACUGCUGCCGUACCUGUAGGUCCUGACAACAUCAAGAGUGGAUACGACGUGCCUGCAGUAGCCAGUUACCUGGACUUCAUCAACUUGAUGGCGUACGACUUCCACGGCAAAUGGGAGAGGGAGACGGGUCACAAUGCCCCCCUGUAUGCCCCCUCGUCCGACUCCGAGUGGAGGAAGCAGCUGUCGGUGGACCACGCCGCCCACCUGUGGGUCAAACUGGGCGCCCCUAAGGAGAAGCUUAUCAUUGGUAUGCCGACGUAUGGGCGCACGUUCACCCUGUCCAAUCCCAACAACUUUAAGGUGAACUCCCCAGCCAGUGGGGGUGGGAAGGCGGGAGAGUACACCAAGGAGUCCGGCUUCCUUGCUUACUAUGAGGUUUGUGAGAUUCUUCGCAACGGUGGGGCUUACGUGUGGGACGACGAAAUGAAGGUGCCGUACGCCAUCCACGGCGACCAGUGGGUCGGUUUCGACGACGAAAAGUCCAUCAGGAACAAGAUGAGAUGGAUCAAAGACAACAGCUUCGGAGGUGCUAUGGUAUGGACUGUAGACAUGGACGACUUUAGCGGCGGCGUCUGCGGUGGAAAUGUCAAAUACCCGCUCAUUGGAGCCAUGAGAGAGGAGCUCCGAGGCAUUUCCCGUGGAAAAGACGCUAAGGACGUCGACUGGGCAUCAGUGGCCGCCAGCGUGGUAAUCGAGGUGACGGAGAAGCCACAGCCCAUCAAGAUCAGCUUGUCUGACGUGCUCAGCCGCGUCAAGAAGCCCACCAAGAAGCGGGUCAUCACCAACAACAACAACGCUGCUGUCCUCGAUAAGUCCAAACGCGAGCCCCAAGUCCUGUGCUACCUGACGUCCUGGUCGUCCAAACGGCCCAGCGCUGGGCGCUUCAUGCCCGAGAACGUGGACCCCACUCUCUGCACGCACGUCAUCUACGCCUUCGCCACCCUCAAGGACCACAAGCUGACCGAAGCUGAUGAGAAGGACGCCGAUAUGUACGAUAAAGUCGUCGCCUUGAGAGAGAAGAACCCCAACUUGAAGAUCCUUUUAGCCAUCGGCGGCUGGGCUUUCGGUUCCACUCCAUUCAAAGAACUGACCUCCAACGUGUUCCGCAUGAACCAGUUCGUGUACGAAGCCAUCGAGUUCCUCAGGGACUACCAGUUCAACGGUCUGGACGUCGACUGGGAAUACCCAAGAGGAGCAGAUGACCGCGCAGCCUUCGUGUCCCUUCUCAAAGAACUGCGUCUGGCAUUCGAAGGUGAAGCAAAGACUUCUGGCCAACCAAGACUGCUGCUGACUGCAGCCGUGCCAGCCUCCUUCGAAGCCAUAGCUGCGGGAUAUGACGUGCCUGAGAUCUCUAAGUACUUGGACUUCAUCAACGUCAUGACCUACGACUUCCACGGACAAUGGGAGCGACAAGUAGGCCACAACAGCCCGCUGUUCCCGCUAGAGAGCGCUACCAGCUACCAGAAGAAACUGACUGUGGACUACUCAGCCCGCGAGUGGGUGCGCCAAGGCGCCCCCAAAGAGAAGCUGAUGAUCGGCAUGCCCACCUACGGGCGGUCCUUCACGCUCAUCAACGACACGCAGUUCGACAUCGGGGCCCCGGCUUCUGGUGGCGGUCAAGCCGGUCGCUUCACCAACGAGGCGGGCUUCAUGUCCUACUACGAAAUCUGUGAGUUCCUUCGGGAAGACAACACGACCCUCGUCUGGGACAACGAACAGAUGGUGCCUUUCGCCUACAGGGAGGACCAAUGGGUCGGAUUUGACGACGAGAGAUCACUGAAAACUAAGAUGGCCUGGUUAAAGGAAGAAGGCUUCGGUGGCAUCAUGGUCUGGUCAGUCGACAUGGAUGACUUCCGUGGUUCCUGCGGUACCGGCAAAUACCCUCUCAUCACCGCGAUGAAGCAAGAACUCUCCGGCUACAAGGUCAAACUUGAAUACGACGGACCUUACGAGUCAUCUAGCCCUACUGGACAAUACACUACGAAAGAUCCCCACGAAGUAACUUGCGAGGAAGAAGAUGGCCACAUAUCCUACCACAAGGAUCACGCUGACUGCACCAUGUACUACAUGUGCGAAGGUGAGAGGAAACACCACAUGCCAUGCCCCUCCAACCUCGUCUUCAACCCUAACGAGAACGUCUGCGAUUGGCCUGAGAACGUCGAAGGCUGCCAACAGCACACGCAAGCACCGGCCGCUAAACGAUAGACUUAGGUAAUGGUUUCCAUCAGAUAGAAAUUAACAAUUUUCUCUUCAUGUUUGCUUUAUUUUCAGUAAACUAUACAACCAACUCACCUUUUAUUGUAAUUUAUGGAAUAUGAUAUGACACAGAUCACAUUUAACUGAUAAAUAACUAAAUUCAAAACAGGGUUCAAAACAACACAUUUUAUAUAGAUGACAUUAUAACUGCAAACUUGAACAGAAAUUAGUAUGAGUGUAGAUAGUUUAUGAAUGUUAACGCUUUUCAAUCAUAUUGAGGAAUAGCUAUUAACAAAAUUUGUUAAUUUAAUCACGUUUCAAUAUCCACCACCAAUAUUUUAAGUACUUACGAGACCUCUAUAACUAAAUUACUUUAUUUAUUGGCGUUCGUUAGGUUGUCUCAGAUUGCAGACGGGAUUCGUGUGAUAUAAUGUAAAUUUUCUUGUACUUUACUCUCGACGAAAUAGGUGUAUUUUUAUCUAUUGUUAAAUUAUAUUUUAGGUAAUGUAAAUUUUGGUCUCCCAAAGAUACACAAUGAUGUCAUUAUUUUCUUUAAAAGAAAAUAAAAUUGAAAAGAAAAAUUUAAUACAAAUUUCCAAAAAAUACUUUGAAAAGACUUAAGAGAUUCAAUAAAAAGCUUACACUAUUUAAAAGUAAGACUCAACAAUGUUUUUCAUAGUAUGUAUCGAAAAUAAUACUACAAAAUUUAAAAAGUAUUGUGUAUAUUUGGGAUUCAUUGGAUAGAUACCUAUAUUAUCUCUUAGUUCGUAAGUAGUUUUGUAAAGCUUUUUUACUCGAUUAUACUGAUAACUGAAUACUCAAAUCAGCUUGAACACUGCCUUUUAUACUGCCAAGACGGUUUUGACGAGAAAUUUAAUAAUGUUGGUAACAGUGACACAAAAUAAUAAUGUGACAUUAUUUUAAUUAGUUAUAGAUAAGUUUGUAAAUAUUGUAUUUAGAUACAAAGACGAUGUAAGAGUAUUAUUAAACAUUUAAAAAAUA